AUGAAGAAAAAACGGCGACCAAACCUUGCACCACGGUACACUCGAUUCGAAGAUGCAGACACUAAAGAGAAAAAAGAUGCAAUACUUAUACAGCAGACAGAGCUGGUGCGCGAGGUAUUUACCAACACCACGUGCCGUUGUUUCGUGCUCAAGUCUUUCAGUGAAGCCAAUUUUCACAAAAGCCUUAAAUUUGGCAUCUGGAGCACAACGACAUUGCAUAAUGCCCUGCUAGAUGAGAUUUUCAAAAGUGACUUGACUGCAGUACGACCGGUCUUGUUCUUCUUUAGCGUGUGUGGCACCAAGCACUUUAACGGCAUCGCUCAAAUGACAUCGGGUGUGCAAACCAACAGCCAAUUUCAGCUCUGGGAGAAACUCAAGUAUGAGGGAUUUUUUCAUGUCGAGUGGCUACUGGUCAAAGAUGUACCGAACUAUGUUUUUACGGGAAUUAAGAUGAGUAACACACCAAGCAAGAAAUCUAUUACAUCGUGUCGAGACUGUGAAGAAGUGCUGUUUGAAGAGGCCAAUGAAUUUCUGUCCAUCUUUACUCAGUUUGAUAGCCGCUCGAGUGCAUGGGACGAUUUUGCACACUAUGAUGAGCUUCAAACAAAGCUUGAGCACAAACGCGGACUGAUGUUACCAGAUGGAGUCGACAGAGGAGACUUGAAUUCGUAUCUCUUACCAUUCAACAAGUAG